CCUGCGACAACAGCACACCCGCCGUUUCACCUCGCUCAGCUAGCCCUCCACCUCCCUCACCUUUCACCGAUCCAGACACACAAAGCAACAACCCGGGAGAUAGGGAAACAGUUAGGCUGGUCCUGCUGUAUACGAGACAUAUAUAAAGUUCACAGACAUCAAUUCUAUACCCAACGGGAUAAGAAGCAUUAUGGCGAAUGGGUGGAGUCUCGUCAUCGGCCUCAUCUUCGUGGUGGUUGCUGCCGUCCUGGCAUGGAUCUUUAGUCCGAAGGGGGAGAAUCAGACUGUCUUCCGCAGCACGCUCAUCCUCUCCUUCACUUGUUGUUAUUUGAUGUGGGCGAUUACGUUCUUGGCGCAGUGGCAUCCGUUGAUUGUGCCCAAGAGGUCGGAUAUUCGGCCGGAGAGGGUACCGCAGUGAUUUCCAUUUUCUUUUUCGAGAGAGUGGGGUUGGGUUGUGGAUUGGGGUUUGGGGUGGAGAUGAAAUGGAUGGUUGGGAAGAAGAAAAUAGGACUUGGAAUUGAUGGCGGUGCUGGUGGUUAUCGUGGAUGGGUCGAUGGAUGGGAUAGAUACCAUGAUAGGAUGUGGUUCUGUAUAGCUACUACUUGUUUUUGUUUCUUUCGUUCUGCGUAAUACCUACCUUCCUUCCUAUGGGUUAUCUGGGUUCUUUCAGGUAUGUAUUGGUAUGAUUAGUCUAUGUAUGGUGCUGUCUAUGUAUGAG